CUGUGGAACCUAAGGGGCAGGGGCGGACUGACCAUUUGGAAACUCGGGCACUGCCCGAGGGCCCGGGGUCAGUAGGGGGCCCCAUGAGAUGCCCCUGGUACCUUUUUCAUAGGCUUUUUUGAGUAUGGGCAAGGACACAGGGGCCCCAUGAUCCCUAUUGCCUGGGGGCCCCAUGAGUUGUCAGUCCGCCCCUGCUAAGGGGUUAAUAAUUCUGCAUUUCUUUUUUGUGGUGAAAAUAAAACCCACCUUCACACUAGCCAAGUCAAGUACACUCUCCAGGAGGUGGGUGUGU